GUUCCGCUCAUGCAGGAUGUUCCGCUCCACGUUUGGUGAUAGAUAAAGUGUUUAUAAUGCCACGUUUAAAACUUAAUAUUUAAUGUUUACCAAGAUUAGGCUUAUAUUUGAUCAUACGAAUGCCAAGAAGAUGACUGACCACAAAUGUAUUUAGUAGUUUAACUAAACACUAUUGACUAGCCUACUAAACUAAUAUUUACACGUUGUUAAAACACCAUGGCAUCGGAUGAAACUCUGUGCUCAGAGUUCACGGACUGGGAACUUGACAGUUCAUCGUCUAAUGGAUUAAAACAGGAGAAACAACUUUGUGCCUCACAAAGAAAGUGCUACAGCUUCUGCAGGAGGAAGUCAUUUGCUGCCUUCGUGGCGUCCAAGAGGGAAGGCAGUCAGGAGGAAGGAAGGACGUCUUGGUGCUGCUGCGGUCAGACCUUCAAAGAACACUCUGCCGUUCACAAGCAUGUCGCCCGGACUCAUGCUACUGAGAUUCAGCAGCUCACGCGGUCCACCUAUGAGCAUUUGUUAAGACAGCUGGAAGAAGAAUCUGAGUCACAGCAGCAGAAGAAACGUGAGGCCGAGCCAGUGGACAUUUCUGUAUGGAUUCCCAACACCAGUCACAUCUCUGAGGAGCAACUUGAAAAGGGUCCAGGCAAGGUUCUUCUGUAUUACCACUACUGUCAAGUGGACGACCCGUAUGUCAUCUGCGCUUGGCAGAAAGCUUUGUGUGAGAGGCUCCACUUAACUGGCAAGGUGAGGAUAGCAACUGAAGGGAUCAAUGGAACAGUUGGUGGCACCAAAGUGGCCACUGACAUUUACAUUGAUGCAAUGUGUUCACAUCCUCUCUUCAAGAUGAAUAAAGAGGAUUUUAAGACAAGUGAUGGCGGUGCAGAGUGUUUUACAGAACUGAGGGUCGGGGUCUAUAAGGAAAUUGUCCCCAUGGGAGUGGAUCCUGAUGCCAUCUCCUACCAACUUGCAGGAAUUCAUUUGGAGCCUGAGGAGUUUCACAAAGAAGUGGAGGCUCUGAUGGCUAAAGGGGAUUUGUGCAGUGACACCGUCCUCCUGGACUGCCGCAACUUUUAUGAGAGUAAAAUUGGGCAGUUCACUCAGUGUUUGGCCCCGAACAUCCGUAAAUUCAGCUACUUCCCGGACUACGUUGACCAGAACCUGGAACUCUUCAGAGACAAGAAGGUCCUCAUGUACUGCACAGGAGGGAUCCGCUGUGAGCGCGGUUCUGCCUACCUCCGCUCGAAAGAUGUGUGUAAAGAGGUUUACCAGCUGAAAGGUGGGAUUCACAAGUACCUGGAACGUUUCCCAGAGGGCUUCUAUCGAGGGAAACUUUUUGUCUUUGAUGAGCGUUACACCAUCUCCUCCAACGAUGACAUCAUCUCAGACUGCAGGUACUGUGGAUGUCCCUGGGACCAGUACAAGCUCUGUUCCACCCAGUUCUGCUGCCAGCUGGUUCUGUCCUGUCGCCGCUGCAGACAGGACGGACACACCGCCUGCUGCCCCACCUGUCAGACCAAAGGACAGACUCAUAGAGACACAUCCUCCGUCGCUCCUCAGCAUAAAGAGGAGUGCGAGUGCACCGACGGACGUCCCAGAAUCCCUCAGGAUGUGCAGUAAUAACGAGGUCACCGCUGGACAUCACUGCUCGCAGCCACAUGAAAAAUGCUGUCUGUCCUGGAGUUUUACACAAAAUUUACAAGUAGAAUUAAUGGAAGGUGUCCAGUAUAUUUUAAAGUUAUGAUUUUUUUUUUUUUAUAUGGAAGUGGGGAAUUAAAUCGGAUAUGUUAUUAGGGGUUUAACUGUGAAGAAUCAUCCAUGUAUAAUGUAAGGAUACAUCUGCUGGAUCCAUUAAUUUUACAGUAUGACAUGAAUUUUGUGAAAGUGGGUCAACUCAUCAGGAAUAAAAUCUCAGUUCCAAGAGAGAGAGAGAACGUUUUUUUUUUAUCUUUUUGUGUGUGUGAACAUCGGUUUUUAUUAAAAUCACAGUUCUGAGCUACAUUGAAUAUUUGAGUAAUUAUUUAUGUUAAU